GCAAACAACAUGGUGAUCCACACUGCCUGCAAGCACUUCCACGAAAGCCAGGCCGGGCUAGGGGACAGCCGGGGGACACCGCACAUCGUGACGUCGAGCGUGGAGCACGACUCGGUCCGCCUGCCACUGGAGCAGCUGGCGAAGGCGGAUGCCACCUUUGUGGCUGUGUCCCCACAAAGCGGGCGGGCUGAGGUGGACGAUGUCCUCGCUGCCAUCCGGCCGACUACCUGCCUGGUUUCCAUUAUGUUGGCCAAUAACGAGACUGGGGUAAUCAUGCCUGUGAUGGAGCUGGGCCAGCACGUCCGUGCCCUCAAUCAGCGGAGAGCAGCAGAGGGGCUGCCCAGGAUCCUGAUGCACACGGAUGCAGCGCAGAUGAUUGGCAAAGGGCGUGUGGACGUGCAGGAGCUGGGGGUGGACUUCCUCACCAUCGUGGGACAUAAGUUCUACGGCCCGCGGAUUGGCGCCCUGUACGUGCGCGGCCCCGGCACCAUCACCCCACUGCACCCCAUGCUCUUUGGAGGGGGACAGGAGCGGAGUUUCCGGCCAGGCACCGAGAACACCCCAAUGAUCGUCGGCCUCGGCCAGGCUGCAGAGUUAGUGAGCAAGAACUGGGAGGCCUAUGAGGCUCAUAUGCGGGAUGUUCGGGAUUACCUGGAGGCCAGGCUGGAGGCCUCCUUUGGGAAGCAGAGGAUCCACCUCAACAGCCGCUUCACAAGCUCCAAGAGACUCUGCAACACCUCUAACUUCUCCAUCCUAGGCCCAGGCCUUCAAGGGCGCAGGGUGUUGUCUCGCUGCAAGAUGCUUCUCGCCAGCGUUGGGGCUGCCUGCCACUCUGAGAAAGGGGAUCGGCCCUCCUCAAUUCUGCUCAGCUGCGGGAUCCCCUACGACGUGGCACAGAACGCCUUGCGGCUGAGCGUGGGGCGAGACACUACCCGGGCAGACGUGGACCUGGUCGUGCAGGACCUCAUCCAGGCUGUGGCGCAGCUGGACCAGGACCAAGCCCCGUAGACCCUGCAAAUCGCUCCCCAGCCAUCAUCCAGGUUCUCGGGGACAGUUUAUAACAUGCAAGGAAAAAAACACUAACCAAAAUAACCGCUCCCCCGACAAGAUCAUAAGCACCUGGGAAGAUCCGCAACACGACAAGCUGCAGGACCAUGGCGAUGACUAUCUCCAGGUGCUGUACGGUGCUGACCAAAGCAGGGUGGAACUUGCUCAGGGCGUAGUAGACCCCCAGGAAGGCUGCUGUGGAGCACAGGCAGAUGGCGAGGAGAUAGCUCCAGGUUUCUCCAUCCAGUGGGACAAUUGGUUCUUGAAGUAAGAACAUGGUGGACGCUCCCCACACCGUUCCCGUCCAACUAAAGGUGAACAGUGCCGUCCACAUGCUGAUGUUAUCUUUGAUCGACCUAUAGACUAUCAUGGAGAGAGCAGUG